AUGUCAGGGCAUUAUAAAAGGGAUUGUCCCCAACUCAAGACUGAAGCACCAAACACUGCAGCGAAACCCACUUUAGCAAGGGUGUUCGUGAUAACUCAGGCUGAUGCAGAAGCCAGCCUCCCAGUAGUAACAGGUCAGCUCUUGGUCAACAACUCUUAUUUCUCUGUGCUGUUUGACUCUGGGGCCACUCAUUCCUAUGAUGGGAUCAAGGUGGAUCCAGGAACGAUAGAAUCCGUCAAGGAUUGGCUAAGACCGAAAACAGUAACAGAAAUUACAAGCUUCUUGGGUCUGGCUGGAUAUUAUCGUCAGUUUGUGGAAGGGUUCUCCAAAAUUUCAACACCCUUAAUCGAGCUUCCUAAAAAGAGUCAGCGUUUUGUAUGGACAGACAAGUGUGAGGCAAGCUUCCAAGAGCUGAAGUAG